GAGUGAUGAUCUGCAGGCGGGCGGGGGUGCGACGACGAAAGGACGGCUGCAUCUUUCAACGCACGAGGAGCUGUUUGUGAAAUCACCCGGGCAUCCAACACCACCAUCCUUCGCAUCCCACCACCACGAGCAGUGGAAAAGGUUCUGAAGCACCAGCGACGCUAAGGGGAAGGUUUUGCCUCUGCUCCAACCUCGGUCUCUGAAACCAAGUCACUGUCGACUGGACCAUCUCCACGUUCAGUUUCUCUUCCACCACGACUUCCACCAUCUCACAUCACACCCAUCCAUCCGAAAGACGUGAAGGAGGGUUGCUGCUCCUCAUACGCUGAAAUCUCAUUAUUAAAUACAUCCAAACUCUCUGCUACUACUCCAAUUCGUCAACACAGACCUUUGUCGGAUUCCAAGCUUCUCAAGAACACCACGGCUGCAACCACGGGUCAGCAGUGUCUCAGAAGCACAAAGGCCUGAACUAAAUUUGGGAUCUGUACUACUAUUUUGGACUUUUCAAUGAUUACAAACUUUGAGAAAUCAAUUAAUGUAGUUUGAUUCUUCAUGUAAAUAUUUACUACCAAAUUGGGAUAUUACUGGGACGACUACAUAUAACUCCAAGCAACCAAAACCAUUGGGCAUACGUCAAGAAGCUAUGCUAUUGUUGCACGUAAUUGUUAUUAAAUAGUUGAAUGAACAGAGUUGACUUGUUCUUAAGUGAAAUUAGCAUCUGUUGACUAAAGUGUCUUCUCUUCAAGACGAGUGGCUGUGUAAGAGAGAGAAGAGAGAGACGACUCUCGGACAAAAUUUCCUCGUGAGAUUGUGUACGAAGGACAAGCGAGUUGAACCAAAGAGCAAACAAUAUGAUGCAUCAUUUGUCUUCAAACAAUCAAAACGUGACAAUGAGUAAUCGUCAAGUGUUUGUCGAUCAUCGGUGUCGGAGAAAGCGACGACGACUUUCCACCUUCUUGACUGUCACCUGCACCUCGUUCCUCGUGUUGAGCUUAUGCGUUGGACACUCCAUUUCUGCUGAAGAUCCUGAGUUUGCCGAACCUAUUGAAAAUAUUACUGCUCCUGCUUCGAGAGAUAUCCGGAUGGCCUGCUCUGUGAAAAAUUUAGGACCCCAUAAGGUGGCCUGGAUUCAUUUCGAAGGAUCCGCAAUUCUUACUGUACAAACCCAUGUCAUAACAAGAAAUCCUAGGAUUAAAGUGACUCAUGACAAGCAUCGAACAUGGAUUCUUCAUAUCGAAAAUGUACAAGAGUCAGAUGCUGGAAGAUAUAUGUGCCAGAUUAACACAGAAACUGCAAAAACACAAUUUGGAUAUCUUCACGUCGUCGUUCCACCAAACAUUGACGAUUCCAUGAGUAGUUCAGAUAUAAUUGUUCGUGAAAACUCAAACGUUUCUCUUCAAUGUCAUGCUACAGGUUCACCAACCCCUGUGGUGAAAUGGAGACGGGAGGAUGGCGGUGACUUGAGAAUCAAUAAAACAUAUUCAGUCGCCGAGUGGGAAGGGGAAACUUUGGAACUGUCUCGAAUCAGUCGAUUGGAUAUGGGAGCACAUUUAUGCAUAGCCAGUAACGGCGUCCCUCCCGGAGUGUCGAAAAGAUUGAAGAUAUCCGUUGAUUUCCCCCCGAUGGCAUGGAUCGAGGCUCAGUUAAUCGGUGCGGGCGUUGGGUUUACAGUGACAUUGGAAUGUACAACAGAGGCUCAUCCAGCCUCUCUGAAUUAUUGGACACGUGAGGAUGGUCAUAUGAUUCAUGAUAAUAGAAAAUAUAAAUCUUCUAACCAAGUCGGUAGCCUACCCUACAAAACCCAUAUGAAACUAACCAUUUCCGACUUGCAACCCAAGGACUUUGGGACGUAUAAAUGCGUUGCAAAAAAUCCGAGGGGCGAGACCGAUGGGAGUAUCAAGCUCUAUCAAUCGGCUCCUCCAGCGACGACAACGAUACCAACAACCACCACAAAAAUGUCGCAUAGAAAACAUAAAGAUCAAAGAGAAAAGAACGAUACUGGGAGGAAACCGAGCUCGUUAGCCGUAGGAUUGAGUGAAAAAGAUUCGGACUACACAUCCAUUCUCAACACGGUGGACAAGUCACGCCAACGAUCGACGAAAUCGAAAUCGUCGUCGUCACCCGGUGACUCCACGGAGUGGCUGGAAGGUAACAGCCUAUCGUCCACAUCAUCUCUGCGGUCACUCUGCUCCCUGAUCGUCGUCGCUUAUCUUCUGUAAUAUUCCUCUGAUUGAUACUACCAGGGGUCACCACGCAACUUAAAUCCACAUAUGCAGUCGUUUUCUUAUAAAUGACUGCUUUUAAGCAUCACUGCAACGCUUGAAAGCGAUUACAACGACUAAAUAUUACGCUAUCUAGGAUGUAGUAGUUUGUGCUGGAUACGGAGAUAUGUUUAUCAAUAAGAAAAAUUUAAAAACUUGUUGAAACUGGAUAAUUCUCACGAAGGCGAUCCUAAUUCGAUCCUAAUCAGCAAGAUUUUUCAUUUAGUUCCUCCGUCAAUUAGAACUAACACGACUUUGCACAACGCUUCUGCAUUUAAAAUUACAUGAGAGAUUUUGAUAUAUAUGUAUGUGUAUUACUGGAAAUCAACAGUUUUACAUAGGUGACAUGAUUCCUAUUUGGACUCGAAUACCAAGCCGACAUGACUCGAAUGACCUAAAUAUAUUCCUCGAUUAUUUCAGCCUAGCAUCACUCCACCUACGUACACGGCCAGUCGAGAAUCAUAGAUCAAGAGAAAGUUUAAUAUUAAUACGUCCCACAGAGUAAACAAUACGGACGCGUUAUUCAGGUCAGGUACAGAUCAGAAUACAUAAAUUAACAUAUAAAUAAGUAUAUUAGCACACAAUCAAACUUUAUUCCAAAUUUGCAAUUCUCAAGUCAACCAACUGCCCUUGUGGUUGCUUCUGUUUGAAUUAUACUCCAACAAGUACGCUAUGCUAGUUUAUUAAUAGUCAAGUCAAGUCAACAUAGCAAUCGAGCCUGUUUCCUCCUUUCUUGUACAUGCGAAAGUCUAAAUAAAUAGAAUAUCUUCUUGUUUAUAUAAUGUAACCAACAUCAGAUUUAUUUAUGAGAAAUGAACACAUUCCUGGCUAAUCGUUUGUGUAAUUGAUUUUCUGCUAAAUAAGUACAUUUACAAGUAGCCGCGUUUCAUUAUAAAGGCUGGUUAUUUUGUCAUUAUUCAUAUAAUAAUUAUAACCCAUGUAUCUAAAACAUUAAAAUCCUCCAGAAGAAGAAUGUGUCCAGGUACUAUUUGAGAAAACUUGUUUUACUCACAUUUUGAAAAAGCACGUGGAAAGUUGGUGUGCGAGAAAGAGAUUAAUUUAGAGUAAAGAAAUGAAUUAUGGGACGUGUUGAAAGAUGAACUAGCUUCGUAAGUACACGCAGAUUUAUUGUAAGUGCAAAUUCAAGUAAUGUGGCUCAUAUGUAUGUGUGUGUGCAAGUUGACUGGAAUAUAUUUGCAACAAUGUCCCACGAAUAAAUUAGAAAUGCGACGCAACACAGAAAGUACAGAGUCUGUGCAUGGUUAAAGAAAGUAGCUCUAGGUUGCAGCGCUGCUAUUAUACGGACGACAAAAAUGUUCAAAUGUGCUUCAAAUAUAUAAUACGUAUCCACCAGACUGAAUCCAGUAUAAAGCAUUCCAAAAGAUGGGUUAAGUGCACAAGUGUGAAAAUGAAUGAGUGACAUGAAAAAUAAUAUAAAUAAAUUAUACAAAUUCUUUUUACGUAAUUGAAUAUGACAACGGUCCGAAUAUUUCAUUUGUAGUUUGUAGUUUAUAACAUGCAGGGUAAUUAUACACUGUAGGCUACAUUUGUAUUUAAUUAAGUAUUAUUUAUGUUACAUACAUACAUACCUGUCACAAAAAGUUAAGUUUAUGAAACAUAAAAAGCGUUGCGACGAUAGUAAUACGACAAGUUUAAUUUGCAUCAAAAUACACAAAACAACAACCUUCAAACAAAGUAAAUUAAAAUUAAGGAUUCGUCGAAUCAAUUAACUCGGUCAGCUCUGCAAAAUUUAAGAUUAUUAGUAUAAUAUUAUUCAAGUCAAUGCUAUAAAAAAUAAAUGUGUACAUCUUGUCAAAUUAUAAUAUAAAUAUGAACAUUAAUAAAAGAAACAAUUUACUAAACAUGUCCAGAAAUAUAUAGCUAAAGAAUGGAUUAAUAAAAUAUCUCAAGCAUUCGGGGCGAGUGAAUGUCUA